AUGGUCAGGACCAGGUCGAGGGCUACUAGCCCUGGCCGUCAGGGAAGCAGAGGCGCUUCAAGUGAUCCCCAGCGUGAUCGCCAAUCUGUACCAGUCAUGCAGACGUCAUCUGUUCAGAAUACGCAAUCCAUGGCGGCUGCAAUGGCGGAAUUGACUCGCCAAAACCAGGAGUUAAGGAUGGAGAUCAGUCAGAGAAGACAGACACGUGAGGAACACGCAGGACAGACACAAGGCCAUGGUGACAGAGAGAAUACUGAGGUUGGAAGCCAGUUUAGAGGCACCACUUCACGGGCAGUGCCACACUUGAAAGAGGAGAUGGACCAAAUGAAGAAAGUCAUGGAGGAGAUGAAGGAGAACAUGAGGAGAACGAAUCCUAUAGAAGAUUUGGUCCAAAGAACUGACUCUCCUUUUACGGCUUCCAUCAAUGGCCACCCUCUACCUUCAAAGUUCAAACUACCUUCCCUGGACUCGUAUGAUGGGACGCGUGAUCCCUUUGAUCACAUUGCAACAUUCAAGACAAUAAUGCACCUUCAAGGGGUCCCUGAUGAAAUCAUGUGUCGAGCCUUCCCUACUACCCUUAAAGGCCCGGCACGAGUUUGGUUCAGUAAAAUCCCCCCAAGUUCCGUAAGUUCUUUCGAAGAGUUAAGCAAAUUGUUUGUUAACAAUUUCAUCGGGGGACAGAGGCACAAGCGCUCUUCGUCCAGCUUACUGACCAUAGAACAAGGGGAGAACGAAAGCCUGCGGUCAUUCAUCACUCGCUUCAACAGAGAAGCCCUUAGUGUGGACGAGGUGGACGACAAGCUUCUACUAGCAGCCUUCCACAACGAGAUUAAUUCGGAUUUAUUUAUCCACAAGCUAUACGAGAAGGAGCCUCAAACCAUGGCCGAGCUCGUGCUCAUGCAAAUCAAAGACGAUCCUUCUUUAAAAUGGCCAGAGAAGAUGAAAGGGGAUCCCAACAAGCGCAAUAAGAACAAAUAUUGUCGUUUUCACAGGGACCAUGGGCAUGACACGGAUGAGUGUUAUGACCUAAAACAGCAAAUUGAGAACCUUAUCAGGCAAGGAAAGUUGAAGCACUUUGUUGGAAGGGAUCGUACAGAUGAGAAGCUGAAAGGCAAAAUGGAGGAAUCAUCCCGGCCCCCACUUGGAGAGAUAAGGAUUAUCGUUGGAGGGAACCCGAUGGGGCAAUCUUCCAAGUCGAAGAAGACGUAUCUCAAAGCGGUACAAAAUGUCCAGCUCUCUGGACGAACACCAAGGACGAGAUCAAUGGACAAGCCAACCAUUUCCUUCACCGAUGAAGAUGCUGAGAGGAUCCAUCACCCGCAUGACGAUGCGAUCGUCAUUACACUGCUCAUUGCAGAUUAUACAACCCAGAAGAGUAUGAGGCUUGGACGAGAUCAACUUCGUCCAGUAUGCUCGCCGCUGAUAGGAUUUGGAGGAAUGAAGGUGCAGCCCGUGGGUACCAUUACAUUACCAGUUGUGGUAGGGUCAUACCCGCAACAGAUAACCAAGGAAGUCAAUUUCCUCGUGGUAGACUGUACUUCUUCAUACAAUGCCAUCAUUGGAAGACCCACUCUUAAUAGUUGGAAGGCGAUAACCUCGACCUACCAUCUAUCAGUCAAAUUCGCUACGGAGUACGGGAUAGGACAAGCACAAGGAGAUCAGUUGGCAGCUAGAGAAUGCUACUUAGCCAUGAUGGCUUUGGACGAACAGGUGCAGACAAUGAGCAUCGAGGAAAGAAGAGUUAUUGCAGAGCCCACGGAAGUGUUGGAAGAUGUUCUUUUGCAAGAAGAUGAUCCUGAGAAAUUUACCAGAAUCAGAACAGGUAUGGAGGAGAAGGCAAGAGAAGACCUCAUCCAGUUCCUGAGAAAAAGUAUCGACGUUUUUGCAUGGAGUCAUGACGACAUGCCAGGAAUCGACCCAAGUGUGAUCACUCAUCGAUUGAAUGUAUACCCCUUUUUUAAGCCUAUCCGUCAGAAGAAGAGGGUAUUCGCUCCCGAGAGGGACAAGGCAAUCAAGGAAGAGGUUCAAAAACUGACCACGGCAAAGUUCAUUAAGGAAGUCUAUUACCCGGAUUGGUUAGCCAAUGUGGUGAUGUUGCUGAGCUUCAUGGAUGCCUUCUCAGGAUAUAAUCAGAUCAAGAUGGAUGAAGCCGAUCAGGAAAAAACUUCCUUCAUUACCAGCCAAGGCUUGUUUUGUUACAAAGUGAUGCCCUUCGGCUUGAAGAACGCAGGGGCAACUUAUCAAAGGUUAGUGAAUCAUAUGUUUCGUCCACAAAUAGGACGAAAUGUGGAGGUUUAUGUCGACGACAUGCUUGUGAAGAGCAUAGAUGAGGGAAGCCAUCUAGACGACCUACAGGAAACCUUUGAAACACUUCGGCGAUAUAAGAUGAAGUUGAACCCAAGCAAGUGUGCAUUCGGAGUAUCGUCAGGAAAUUUUCUGGGGUUCAUGGUCUCGCAAAGAGGAAUUGAGGCAAAUCCGGACAAGAUCCAGGCUAUAUUGAACAUGGAGCCACCGAAGAAUAUUAAGGAAGUCCAAUCCCUCACAGGACGAGUUGCCGCUUUGAACAGGUUUGUUUCGAAAGCCACAGAUAAGUGUUUACCUUUCUUUAAAGUCCUCAGGAAGGCAUUUGAGUGGACGGACGAAUGCCAAAGGGCCUUCCAAGACCUGAAGGACUAUCUCAUAACUGCCCCAUUAUUAAGUCCAUCCGUGCAAGGAGAAGAACUGUACUUAUACUUAGCGGUGUCCCCACACGCCGUAAGUUCAGCUUUAAUCAGAGAAGAGGGGAAAAUACAAAAACCGGUGUACUACACUAGCCGGGCACUCAGAGGAGUAGAGGGAAGAUAUCCGCUCAUGGAGAAGUUGGCUUUUGCACUGAUAACGGCUUCUAGGAAGUUGAGACAUUACUUCCAAGUUCAUGUCAUCAAUGUCAUGACGGACCAUCCGCUUAAGAAGGCAAUGAACAAGCUGGAAGCCGCAGGACGACUGAUUCAGUGGGCAGUUGAACUUAGCGAAUUCGACAUUCGGUACCAACCGAGAAAUGCAAUAAAGGCUCAAGCCCUAGCAGAUUUCAUCGCAGAGUUCACUCCAAGUUACGAAGACCUGAGGGAAGGAGAGUACAACAAAUGGGUCGUCCAUGUAGAUGGAUCAUCUACAUUAUAUGUUGGAGGAAUAGGAGUUGUUUUGCAGUCGCCAGAAGGGGACAAAUUGAAAUACAAGGCCCGUCUGCAAUACCAGACUGCUAACAAUGAAGUGGAGUAUGAAGCCCUUUUAAAGGGGUUGGAACUGGCCAAAUCUGUAGAAGCAGACGCAAUACUUGCCAUGGGAGACUCUCAACUGGUCAUAGGCCAAGUCAAUGGAACAUAUGAAGCCAAGGAAGACAGAAUGAAGAAGGAAGAGAAUGUGGAGGCAGAUACUCUGGCGAAGGAAGCAUCUGCGAAUGAGGCGUUGGACGAUAUAGAUGGUGUACACUACAUGCCAAGUAUAGACCUUCCAGAACUGAUGCAGAUAGAGGGAGAAGGAAAUUGGAUGACCCCAAUAGUGUCCUACUUAAAGGACGGAAGGCUUCCAGAAGAGAAGGACGAAGCAAGGAAGCUCAAAGUCAAGUCAGCCAGGUAUGUGCUUAUGGACGAGGUGUUAUACAAGAGAGGUUUUUCCCAGCCUCUCUUAAGAUGUUUGGCUCCGGACGAAGCAAAUUACAUGUUGAGGGAGGUUCACGAAGGAGUAUGCGGGAACCAUUCGGGAGCCAGAUCACUCGUCCAUAAAGUCAUCCGUAGCGGAUUCUAUUGGCCAACCAUCCAAGCUGAUGCUAAAGCAUAUGUCAAAGUAUGUGAUCAAUGUCAAUGCUUCAGCAAUAUUCCCAGACAACCAGCAGAAUAUCUCUCGCCAAUGAUGGCCCCUUGGCCUUUCGCGCAAUGGGGACUAGACAUUUUGGGGCCCUUUCUGACUGGAACUCGGCAAAUGAAGUUUCUGGUGGUGGGAAUAGAUUACUUCACAAAAUGGGUGGAAGCCGAACCCUUAGCCAAAAUUACGCAGCAGAAUGUCAAGAACUUCGUCUGGAAGAACAUUGUAUGCAGAUUCGGAGUACUUAGAGUACUAGUGUCUGACAAUGGACGACAGUUUGACAACACACCUUUCAGGGAAUUUUGUGAACAGCUUGGAAUGAAGAACCAUUACUCCUCACCCUCCCACCCACAGGCCAAUGGCCAGGCAGAAGUAGCGAACCGAUCCUUACUUAAGAUCAUCAAGACUCGGCUCAAAGGGGCAAAGGGAAUAUGGCCGGAUGAAUUACCAGGUGUUUUAUGGGCUUAUAGAACGACAGCGAGAACUCCAACAGGAGAAACUCCUUUUAGACUAGCCUACGGAAGCGAGGCAGUUAUACCAGCAAAAGUACACAUGACGAGCCACAGGGUCAGGAAGUAUCAAACUGAAGAAAACGAGGAACAGCUCCGUCUUAACCUUGACCUUAUGGACGAGGUCAGGAUGGAUGCAGAAUAG